AUGGAAGCCGCACAAACUCAGUCAGCGCCAACAUCAACUACGGCCGCCCCACCUCCCACAUCUUCACAAUCUCAAAAGCUCAAGGAUUCUUGUGACAAUUGUUCCUCCUCUAAAGUGCGCUGUACGAAAGAAAAACCGUCGUGUGCACGGUGCGAAAAGUCGGGAUAUGCAUGUUUCUACAGCCCUGCACGACGAGUUGGACGACCAUACCGACCUAAAAUGCCCUCACCGGCAGAAAAAGACGGCGAGGAACCAGAACGGCCGCAUUCUACCAAGGCCAUAAGGACCACCCAAGUUGUAGAUGAGGGAGAGAGACCAUCUUCUCUGUUCAAAAAAUUGUCGUCGCAAGUGGAUGCGGACCGCAAUAGCUCCAUUGUCAAUCUCAGACCCAGUGAACAUGAUCCAUCCUUCAAAACGCAACAACCAACAGGCACUGUGGCUGAAACUCAUAGGCACAAGGUCGGCCAAGACUGCGUAUUGGUCGUCAUGGACCUAUUCUGCGAAUUGGAAGUUCAGACCGAGCAGCUCAGGAGCUCAUCAUUGGUAGACUACCGCCUAGCUAACUCGACGGCGCAGACCAUCGUCGCCGCACUUCGCCGCCUCUUCACCAUUUUGAUAUGUCCUUGUUCUGAGCGCGCUGAGCUUGGCAUGUUGGUAUAUGCCAUCUGCAUGACCAUCAUCGAUAUGCACGCCAUGACACUCACCAAGUCCGUUCGCAACAACCCACCGCCACCGGUGCUGGUUCAGACAGGUCUUUGGCAUGAUCAUGGAGCGUCUGCUCAGGAGCCGCCGGAAAACGAAGCCGUUGCUAUGCUGAUAUUAGGAAAGCUAUCCAAGAUGGCCAAGUUAAUUUUGCAAUUCAUAGAGCGGUACAGUGGACAUUUGGGGGCUAAACCGCCCCUUCAGGAAGACCACGAGAUCCCAUCCGACAUUUUGCCAAUUUUGGGCAGCCUCAUGCGGGAAAGGCUUCAGCAAACUAUUGAUGACGCAACAUACUGGCUAGGAUAG